AUGGCAUUAAAUAAUUCAUUAAAUUCUUAUAAUCCACUUGAUGACACAAUUAACACGAUUGUGACUGGAUUGGUUCCAUUAUUGAUAGUUGGUUUUUUUAAGUGUUUCGAAGAACAAAAACUAAAGCAACGAUAUUUUAUUAUUCUUGGUGGUGAUUAUGAUUUAUUAUCAAUUCAUUCUCUUAGUUACAUGAUUAAUUAUGUUAGCAGUUAUUGCGUUGAAUACUUUGGGAUUAAGAGAUGUAAUGACUUGAAUACAUCAAGUGUAGUAAUAUACUUUACAUGCAUAGGAAUAAGUCUUAUUUAUUUGGCUUUUUAUCUUGCACCACGUAUUGGAAUGAAGAAAUUUUAUCAAAAUAUUAAUAAUUUACGUGAGAAAUGGGUUUAUGAUUAUCUUUUGAUCCCUAAUUACAUUGUAAUUAUCAUACUAACAGUUUAUCCAGCAAUCGUAUCUGGAUAUUUACUAAGUACCAACUCACUUACUACCAAAAUAGUCUUUGCAAUUUCUAGUAUAUCUUUAAGUAGAUUAGUUGAACAUUUUGGUGAUAAAAAUCAAGAAGAUAUAAUUGUAAAUUAUGAAAAGGACGAACAGGAUCCAAAAGAAAGGUUAAUAUAUCAAAUAAAUAGACUAAAAUCAAUCCAGGAACAGGAGAGCAAAUUAUUUGAAGAAGUGAUCGAAGAACUACAAAACCUACAAGGAUAG